CUGCUAGUAAACAAAAACAAACCACCAAGUCAAUCAAGUAGCCGCGACAGACCCCGAAGAAACGAGCAAACAUAACAUAACUCUGAGAUGGACACAGCGUCCUUGAGAAACAUUUUAAUGACGACCCCCGAGUCCAUUUUCCCAGAGUUUUUUAGUCAUGUUUUUUUGUUUACCCCGACCCCCAUUUGACAACACAAACAUUCGGGGAAAAAUGGUGACCCCCGAGACCAAUCCCCGAGUUUUAGUUCCCCAAACGAGUUUUGGUGACGCCCAGUUGUUGGAUCGUUGGAGUUGCGUUUGAAAUCAGUACAGAAACGACAGGAAACAGAAUCAGACAUGGAAAGGGACAUUUUGUGUUUUCUCAAAGGCGGCUAUCCCCACUUGACUGACAAAAUUUUGAAUCUGCUGGAUGCUCGCAGUUUGGCUAACGCUGAGCUUGUGUGCAGACAGUGGAGAUCCUACAUUGCUGACGGAAGGUGUUGGAAAAAAUAUUUGCAGUCCAAAAAAGUCACUAGCAUUCCAAAUAUUUUCAGUUGGGCUGAAUGUUCUAGAGAUGUCGAGUCUGAUAGGCAUCACACUAAACAAGACUGGAUGAAAAUCCACAAUUUUUAUCAGAAAUUAGAAGAUAACUGGCAAUCAGCCUCAUGCAGACAGCAGGAAAUAGUGAUUUCUAAAGUUUUUUGUUUAUCUGUGAACGCCUCGAAAAUAUUCACCGCCGAAUACGACCAAAUCGAAGAUGAAUCUCUCAUAAAGACCUGGAAUAGAAAAUCUCUUAAUUGUGAAAGGAUUUUCACGGAGGAAAACAAACUUCGCGUAACCAGCAUGGAUUGCGACGAUGAUUUCCUUGUCACAAUGUCAAUCAAUUCGCCUCGUUCUUCCGUAGCAGUAGGAACACCUAAAGUAUCUACUAUCUUUGUUCGUGAACUACAAUCUGGAAAAGUGCUCCAUAGGAUUAUGGCCAAUUUUGGGUAUUUUGACCUAUACAGCCAUUUUAAUUUCAAGGUCUGCUGUGGCCAUGGAUGGCUCAUCAGCAUUCGAAUUGUCAGUCAACAGCAAAACGCCAAUUUGAUCCCCCAGGAUGAUGUUCUCAAAUCUCGUCUAGAUGUAUGGCGAAUGACAAAUGCAAAGGAAAUUGGAGCCAAAGGCACUGUGUGUCUUGGUCCCAUUUCCAAAAGUAGUUUUGGCCAUCCAGAUCCAGUUCUCAUUGGCCAUGACGAAAAUUACCUCGUCGUUCACCGCAGCAACCCUCCUCGUUUUGAAGUCGUAUCGACAUCUUCUCUGAACCUCACCAGGACCAUCGACGCUUUCGAUUACUGUCCCGGUGCUAAGUUCAAGGACGGAUUGAUUGUGUCGGUUUCCACCCGGUUUCCCUCCCAGAUGAUCCCAGGCACCACCUUUGGCAUGAUCAGGUUAUGGGACGUGGAAACGGGUUUGUGCUUGCGAGAAAUUCAAGAUCCUAUAUUACAACAGUACAGUCGGGAUCAUCAAUUUGGAUUCACCACCAAUUAUCUAAUCACUGUACCAAAUGUGACAUUAAACAAGAAACGAGUUUAUCAUAUCCGCGAUCUCAGCGUUGCAAUGGAUUUGCACAGCAAUCAGACGAACACAUUGACUGUCCUUGCAACUCUUGAACGGGAUUGGAAUCUCGCGGCGUGGGAUCCUUUUAUAGUUGACGAUUUCCAGCUCAUUUAUAAAAAUCCGAAUUAUAAACUUGUCGUGCACAGUUUUGCUCCACAAGUUUAACGAGUGGAUUGCAGCGUUCCUAAAAUACCCUUCAAAUGUUACUGUUAGCGUCCCAUAACAUGAGCUAUUUUGUUUUGUUUUUACUUUUGGUGUCGUUGAAACCGGAUUAGAAAUUUUAGAGUCACAGCUUUUCACAGUUUCUCCCGUGCACAGCAUAUUGCAGUUUGAUUAAGUGAAUAACAUUUUCGAAAUAUACGAACUAAAGUACUAUA